AUGCCAUCACUUCAUCCGUGCAGUCAUUUGGACAUAGAUACCAGUGCAUCUCCCUCAUUCAUAGCAUCUACAUUUGCAUCCAUUUUGGGGUCAGAAAGUGAGCAACUAGAGUUUCUACUUAUGGUAGAGUCACCUAUUAGGGGUAAGGCUAUUUUGAAUAGGGGAUGUUGUGGGUGUGUGAUUGAAGUUGCUGAUUGCCAUCUUCCUUUUAGCUUCGUGUUAUUAGAUAUGUCAGGUUUUGAUGUCAUCCUCGGUAUGGAUUGGUUAUCCUUCUACUGUGCCAUUAUAAACUGUUAUCGUAGAAGAGUUAUUGUGUGCAUAUUAGGUGGCGAUUGCUUCUCGUUUCAGGGGGAUAGAACUGAUAGAUUGUUACCGCCAUUGUAUGACCCACGUGGUCGAGGCGAACUUAGUUUCCUUCUCGUAGCUUUCAUAGAUGAUGGGAGUAACAUAGUUCGGGGUGCAUUUCCUAGAGUGGUUUACGAUUACAUAGAUGUCUUUAUAAAAGAUCUCAUUGAAUUGUCACCUCACCGUGAGGUCGAGUUUUCCAUAGGCUUGGUGCUUGGUACGACACCCAUCUUCAUGUCACCCAAUAGAUUUGCGCCAGCAGAAUUGCUUGUCUUGAAGGAGUAG